CAGCCUAGGAACUCGUGUGUCGUGAGCCAUGAAUGCCUUCCACCUCGCGAUUUUGCUUUCUACAGUGGCCGUGGCCUUCCAGUCUCCGAGCUCACACCAAAGGCGCAAAAGAUCACUCGGGGACCUGAAAGGAAUCAUCCGAUGCACCACAGGGAGAUCAUUUUACGCGUAUCUCUGGUACGGCUGCUACUGUGGACUGGGGGGUCACGGCGAGCCCAAGGACGAAACCGACAAGUGCUGUCAAACGCAUGACUGCUGCUAUGAAAACGCCAUAAAUCAGGGCUGCUCUCCCGUAACGGACGACUACCAAUGGACGUGUAACAAUGGACGUGUUUCUUGCGACCACCUGAGCGGCUGUGAGAGAACUCUAUGCGAGUGUGACCGGGAUGCCGGCAACUGCCUGAACGCUGCCCCUUACAUUUGGUAUUACGCCUUGUGGCCAAAUACAUUCUGCCGAUCCGGCAAAGAGUGUGAUGUAACUGAGAGUCCACACCCUUUGUAGUCAAUACACGCGUAAAAACAGCCCGGGUUCCUGACGUGACAUUUUAUUCCCUUAACAAAUGUGUGGGAAACUGCAGGAUUUGUUAUUUUAAAAUAACAUUGCACCUCAUUUUUCCGGUAAACAGGGAGUUUCCUUAUUUACUUUGGGUUGCUUUUCCAUUGCUUCUGUGUCCUGAAUCAAAUUACGGCACUGGGCUUUUCCAUGAUGAC